UUAACAUCCAUUUUCGUAACUUCGGAGUUGAAACGUUUCAAAGUGUAGCUCUCUCUGGGGUAAAGUGUCUUAGAACUAGACAUGACAAGAAGGAGCGCCGUUGUCUGUGAAAUAACGAAGUAACGUUGUAAAAAAGCUAUAGCACGGGCCGCCUUUAAUAAUCUGUGAUACGACCACGCCCUCACCUCAACCAACAGAACCUGACUGACUCCGGUUAAGCACCUGACUUAAGCUGAAACACUUGGCUAUAAAAAGCACCAUUCGACCACGUUCCAGUUGCGGAAUCUCUUUGACGACCGCCGGUCCUUCUGCUGCGGUGACGGCUCUGCCACAGUCAGUGCUCUAUCGACGCUCCUUUUCCCGUCUAGGCAUCGACCCUCGCAACAUCCUUAUCGACCACGGCCUCGGAUUCUCCCUACGUACAACGUCGCCUGCGCCGCGGAUUCACCACGACUCUCCCUGACUACAAUAGUCUAUACCUUGUUCUAAGAACCUUCGCCGCUGACGAUCCCGCGAUUGGGCCCCGGGUCUCCGGUCUGCACGCAGUAACGAUCUGUGAUUCUGGAACAUCAGUCAGAUCUUGGAAAAUCAGUCCAGGAUGAUAGAAGAGGAGGCAGGCCAAGAGGAUGUUCGACAGGAUAAUGUGUGCCUGAACCUGAAAGCCGGUGAAGCCGCAUCUGGAGAUCAGCAUGACCUCUGUUCCAAGGAUGGUCAGAAGCAUAUGGACUACAUCCUCACUUACAGCACCAAGAAGCUGUUCAGUGACCUCCAUCCCUCACUCAGCCUCAAGGAGAAGACCUGCUGCUUGAGCUGCUGCCAGCCUUGUGCUCGGGACCAAUCCUUGCGCAAAUACCAUGGUGGGACCCAGAAGCAAAGUCUGCGUUCUCAAGAAGAAGAGAAGGUCUUGUGUCGUGAGGAGUUUGAGGACAACCUGAAGAAGAUGGGCCUGCACCUGGAAAAGGAUGAGAGUAACAGAAUUUCUGGAGUUGGAUUCCUGAAGAUACAUGCCCCUUGGGACAUCCUCUGUCGAGAAGCAGAGUUUCUGAAGCUGAAAAUGCCCACCAAAGAAUUUUACCAGGCGACCCCUCAGCACAAAAUGAGAAAGCUCAAUGCAUUCUUUAAAAGAAUCACAGCGCCUCUGCUCCCAAAUGUGGGGGACACCGAGACAGAAGAUAUUAAAAAAGUUUGCUACCCCUUCUCCCGAGAAAAAUUGCAUUUGUUUGAUUUGUCGGACAUGGACUCCUUUUUUGAUACUAAAACAAGAAGCUUAAUAGUGUUUGAAGUGCUGAAGCGUGCAAAAUGCAAUAGAGGAGAGAACAGCUGGGGACUUAACAGCCUUAUCGCACAUGGUGUUUACACAGAAGCUUAUCCAUUACAUGAUGGGGACAUAGAAUUUGAAAACACAGAUGUCAAUGACAGGAUGGUCUUGUAUAGGGAAUGGGCAAGUUACAGCAACUUCUAUAAGUACCAGCCAAUUAGCCUGAUCAGGAAAUACUUUGGGGAAAAGAUUGGACUGUACUUUGCCUGGCUUGGCCUAUAUACCCAGAUGCUGAUUUUUGCUGCUAUUGUUGGGGUGCUCGUCUUCCUGUAUGGCUGCAUCACUGUAGAUGAUGAUAUUCCAAGCAUGGAGAUUUGUGACAAGAGAAACAAUAUCACCAUGUGCCCACUGUGUGACAAGUCAUGCAGCUACUGGAAACUCACCAUGGCCUGUGGCACAGCGCGAGCCAGCCACCUUUUUGACAGCACAGCCACUGUCCUCUUUUCCAUCUUUAUGGCCUUGUGGGCUGCCAUGUUUAUGGAAAGCUGGAAGAGAAGACAGAUGCGACUGAAUUACAUGUGGGACCUCACCAACUUUGAAGAGGAGGAGGACUCAAUGAAGGAUCAUCCACGAGCUGACUACAAGAUCAAAGUGCACCAGAAGACACUUAACAGAAUGCAGCGAAAACCUCAUAAGGCAAAAGCCGCUAAGCUCACAUGGAGAGAUAGAAUGCCAGCCUAUAUGACCUUCAUAGCAAUAAUGUUGCUAAUGUUUUUGAUGACCUUUGCCAUUUUGUUCGGAGUCAUCAUUUACCGGGUGACUACCCAGGCAUCCCUGCAGAUGAGCUCUAUGCCCAGCAUUCGCGCUAAUGUUCGGCUCACAGUCAAGUCCACUGCUGUGAUCAUAAACGUGGUGGUCAUUCUCAUCCUGGAUGAAGUCUAUAGCAAAAUUGCAAGAUGGCUCACUAUUCUUGAGGUGCCAAAGACUGACAAGAGCUUUGAACAGAGACUCAUCCUGAAGACAUUCAUCCUGAAGUUUCUGAAUGCCUUCUCUCCCAUUUUUUACAUUGCCUUCAUCAGGGGCAAACUCAUUGGUCGGCCAGGAAACUAUCUCUAUAUCUACAAGUCAUAUCGGAUGGAGGAGUGUGCUCACACAGGGUGCUUGAUGGAGCUCUGUAUCCAGCUCAGUAUUACCAUGCUCGGCAAGCAGCUCAUCCAGAACAACCUGUUUGAGAUUGGGAUCCCCAAGCUGAAGAAGCUGAUCAGGCGCAUCAAAACAAAAAGGGCUCCAGUCCAGGAAGAGCAGGACGAUAAAGACUUGAAGCGCUACGAGGCGGAUUUUUUCCUGGAGCCAUUUGUCAGCCUCAACCCAGAGUACAUGGAGAUGAUCAUCCAGUUUGGUUUUGUGACCCUGUUUGUGGCCUCCUUCCCCCUGGCACCUCUUUUUGCUUUGCUGAACAACGUCAUUGAAAUCCGCCUGGAUGCCAAGAAAUUUGUGGCUGAACUCCGGAGACCAGUGGCUGCGAGGGCGAAGGAUAUUGGCAUUUGGUACAAUCUUCUUAGGGGGAUCAGCAAAGCUGCCAUUAUUGUGAAUGCCUUUGUUAUCGCAUUCACGUCUGACUUCAUUCCUCGCUUGGUAUACCAGUACGGCUACAGUCCGGAUGGCACCAUGCAUGGUUUUAUCAACCACACCCUGUCCUAUUUUAAUGUCAGCCACUUUCAGGCAGAAACACAUCCGCUUCAGCCCCUUCACUUGGGCUACAAGGUGGAAGUCUGCAGAUACAAAGAUUACCGGAUGGCUCCUUGGUCGUUCAACCCGUAUGACAUUUCCAAGGUGUACUGGGCCAUCUUGGCUGGGCGACUUGCCUUCGUCAUCAUUUUUCAGAACGUGGUGAUGCUGUUAAGUGACUUUGUGGACUGGGUCAUCCCAGAUAUCCCCAAGGAGAUCAUCACGCGCAUCUACGAGGAAAAGAUGCAGAUGGUGGAGUUCUUCAUGAGAGAGGAGCAUAGCCUUUACAGCAUGCCUAUGCUGGACAACCAGGAUGAGAACAGGCCCACGCCACAGCUGCGGCGGUCAUAGCUGUGUAGUGCCUCCUGCUGUAUUCUCCUAUUGCCAUCUGAUAGAUGUUUUAAAGAAUCCCACUGUGAAGAGCAAAGGUGGGAUGUUUUGUUCAGGUGUCAUAUUUACUCAAACUCAGGUUACGGCUUGACUUUUUGGGCUAAAUUCAAGAAAACUGCAUAUUUCAGAAGCAAGAAAUUCAGUAAACUGUGGAUGGUCCAUAAUCUGAACAGGAAGACCAGUGUUUCCUUUAUGUAAAGCUUUUUACUCCCUCUGUUGGUAAAUCAUGGUUAUCGUACAGAGUUUCCUUCCUGAGACAACUAAUAUAACUGUGAACAGCCACAGUUGGAAUGGUGGUGUUCAAAAGUUUGGAAUCGCCCAGAAAUUUUCA